AUAGAACAGAGACUAGACACUAAAGGAAGGAAAAAAGAAACGUUAACAGAGAAUAAAUCGAGAAUGGGAAACAGCUUAGGAGGGAAGAAGACGACCAAGGUCAUGAAGAUAAGUGGGGAGACACUGAAGCUGAAGACACCGGUGACAGCUGAAGAGGUGCUCGAGGACUAUCCCGCUGGACACGUGCUGUUAGAAUCCGAGGCUGUCAAGCAUUACGGGACACGAGCCAAGCCGUUGCAACCGCAGCAGAAGUUGGCUCCCAAGAGGCUCUACUUCCUGGUUGAGUUGCCGAAUUCGGGGACCGAGAAGGUCCCGAGACGGGUCCGGUCGACCAUAAACAUGAGCGCCAAGGAGAGGCUGGAGAGCCUGAUGUUGUCGAGGAGGUCCGUGUCUGAUCUAACCAUCAUGAAGCCCGCAAGCGUUAUUAUUCCCGAGGAGGGGGGAGACGGCGGGGAGGAGCAAAGUGGAGCAAUGAGGUUGAAGAUGAGAGUGCGCAAGGCGGAGCUGGAGAGGCUGAUGAAAGAGAGCAGAGACGAGGCGGAGGCAGCGGAGAGAAUUGUGGAUCUGUGCAUGGCCAAGAAACAAGAACCGCAUUGGAACGGUGGCGGUCGCCAUGGGAGAGUCGGAGAGAGUUUCAAGGUACCUGAGAAGCGAGUGAGUUUCAUGGGAAUCAGCGAAGCUGGAGGGAGCCAAAUAGCAGUGGCUUAGUUUAAUUUUGUUUUUAAUUAAUCAAUAAAUAUAAUUUACAUUCCAGGAAGAAUGUUAUAUAUUCUUAAGCCUUCAUGCUUCUUGUUAAUUAUUUUGGUUUUCAUGUAUAUAUAAAGUAAGACACCCAAGUUACAAAGCAGAAGCAUGAAAAGAGCUUAUAUAGCAAAGAAUGAUAGAAUUUAUGUAACACUUGCUGUGGAUAUAUAUAUAUAUAUACAUACAAUGUUUACCGUUC